AUGAUUAUUGCGUCGUAUAAUAUUUGUGGGUGUGGAUGCAAUGCUAAAUUGCAUUCUUUGAGAAAAUUAGUUGGAGAUUCAAAGGCAGAUGUGUGUUUUAUUCAAGAAACCAAGAUUCAUGCUAUUGAUAAUUUUCCUGUGGACUCUUUUUGGAAUGAUUCUAUUGCGGAUUGGAGUUCUAAAUGGGCAGUGGGUAGAUCUGGAGGUAUUUUAACAUUGUGGAAGAAAAAGUCUUUUGAUCUAGUUUCUAGUUUUGUUGGGGAAGGAUUUCUUGGAAUUCAUGUGUUGUGGUCCGGUCUCAAUCUUUUCUUGGUGAAUGUGUAUUCUUCUUGUUUUAUUGAGAAGAAGAAGGCUUUUUGGGGGAGGCUUGUAGAGUUUAAAUCAAAAUUUCCAGAUGGGUUGUGGUGUGUUGGUGGUGAUUUUAAUACUGUUCGGGUUAAAGUGGAGAGGAAGGGUAUAUCGAAUAAUUUUAAUCUAAAAGAGGCGGAGGACUUUGAGGAUUUUAUUAGUUCGAUGAAUCUUGUGGAUGUUCCUUUGAUUAAUAAGAGGUUUACCUGGUACAACUUGGAUGGGAGUGCUUGUAGUAGGUUGGAUAGAUUUCUCAUUUCUGAGAAAUUAUUUGACUUGUGGGGUGUGGGAGGGAUUGUGGUGGGGGAUAGGUCUAUUUCAGACCAUUGUCCUAUUUGGUUAAAUUGCAAUAUUGUGGAUUGGGGUCCGAAACCUUUUAAGUUUUUUAAAGGGUGGUGUGAGCAUGAUGAUUUCAUUCCUUUGGUGAGGGAUGUUUGGAAGAAUACUUUUAGGGGAGGGAAGGCGAGCUAUAUUUUGAAAGAAAAAUUGUUGGCGGUGAAAUUAAAAUUGAAGAGUUGGAAUAAAGAAGUCUUCGGGAUGCUUGAUUUGAAUGUGGAUAAAGCGGUGGGUGAGCUUAAUUCGUUGGAUUUGGUGGUAGCGGAUUUAGCGGAGGAUGGUUUGGUUGAUUCGUUGAGGAGAAAUAGAGAGGUGGCUUCGAAAGAGGUGUGGGAUACUGUGCUUUUACAAGAUAACUUUUUGCGUCAAAAAGCUAGGUGUAAUUGGAUUCGGCUUGGGGAUACUAAUUCCAAAUUCUUUCACUCCGUUAUGAAAGGGAGAUUUAGGAGGAAUAAUAUUGUUUCUUUGAUUACUUCAAGAGGUCGGUUGGAAGGUGUGAAGGAUAUUAAAAGUGAGAUAUUUAAUCAUUUUAAAAGCCGUUUUACGGAACCGAUGGAGAAUAGGCCGACCUUGGAUGGGCUUAAUUUUAAUGUUCUUAGUAUGGAAGAUAGAGAUUUGUUGGAAGCUCCAUUCCAAGUGGAUGAAAUUAAAGAGAUUGUGUGGUUAAGUGAUUGUGAUAAGAGUCCGGGUCCGGACGGUUUUCCGCUUGGUUUUUUGAAAAAGUGUUGGAAUUUUGUGAAGGAUGACGUGGUGAAUUUCGUUCAAGAGUUCUAUGUGCGUGGUGUUCUUCCCCGAUCCGCGACGGCAUCAUUUCUUGCUCUUAUUCCUAAUGUUGAUUGUCCGAUAAGCAUUGAUUAG